AAAAAGAAAGAGUGGAGUAUUUAGCAUAUUUGACAUGCAGGCCACGGGCUGCUCUGUGCAACAGUUGAGAAAGAGGGAGCUCCGCCUGUGAGUAUUGGAAAUGUAUCUCAAGGCAAAGGAGGGAGCGAGAAAGAAAAACAAAGAAAGCAGGCGUGCUCAGUGCAGAUCAGUCGAGUCCUGCCAGACUGCUUUACACAGACAAACUUGUUGAAAAUGGAGGGCAGAAGAAAGAAGAAGGAAGAAGAGCAGGAAGAAUGCCACGGCUGGCUCUGAGAAGUAACUUUGGAUAACAAGAGAAAAAAACAAAGUGGCUCGAAGCUCCACUACUUCUGCUCUGGGGCUUCAGGUUGCCAUAUUUGCUGGCAUCCCCCUUCUAACUUACUGGGUGGCUGUUCAGAGGUUUUGUGUCACAUCCUGAAGGAAAACACAGCACCCCCUCCUCUUCUGCUUUUUUGUGCACAGCCCCUUUUCCUCUUGGCCCCUCGGCCUCUGACAAACACACACACACACACACACACACACACUCACACUCCCCAGCCGGAUUGGGUUUCAGUGAAGGCACAGACGGGAAUGCACAAGUGGAGCCUGUGAAUGUUGCAGACUUUUGUGUGUGUCUAUUUAUUUUCCCUUUUUUUUUUUUUUUUGCACCAACAUCUUUUUUUUGCUACUACCAGCUCUUCUUUUUUGUGGAUUGUGGCUUGACUGGAAACCUGUAACAACUCUGACAAAAGAGUGAAUAAGAACGGACUGGACACAACUUCCUUGUCUGCCUGCAGCCUGGACAAUCGCUUUGGGAGAGAAAAAAAAAGAGAGCUCAUUACUGAUAAGCCUCUUUCUCUCUCAUUGGCUAAUAGCCCCGCCCCCUCUCUCCCUACCUUUAUCCCUUUCUGCUUUCUUUCUUUUCCUUGACUGUAUCAUUUCACUCUGAGGACAGUGUUUCUGAGCUCCAAAGAGGGGGAGACGGUUUGCCCCCGGAGAUUUAAGAGUGGAUUACAAAGCUGUGAUGAAUGUAGCUAUGAGUGUUGCCAUCUCACGUCACUACCCCCCCUUCUCUCUUUCGAUCACCGCACCAAAUCUGGCAACGGGAGCGGGGAGAGUAAGUUAGAUGCUGUAUUAAAUGCGGCCAGCUUGCCUGGAUGAAUAGCUCAUGUUGAUUUUUAUCAUGUUAUAUUAAAGCGUUUGUUAAUUCAUUCCUCUUUUUAUUUUUCCUCCAGUAUUUAUUUGGAAACAGUUUUAAGUAGCAGAAUAUUGCUUGCUGCUCAGCGUGGGAUAAUCAGCUGCAUCCCAGCAUUUAGCUGAUAUUUUUUGGUAACAAGCAAAAUUCUCCUCUGCACAACUCUUUUUCUCUCUGGCUCCACGCCCCCUCUUAGUACCCUGUCUCCUCUCUAUCUAACUCCCCUACAUCACUCUCUCUCUCCCCCCAUCUCAUGUUUUUUUUCUUUUUUUUUCGGAAGAGAGGAAACCAGCAUGAUUGGCGCACUUCCUGUGUUUUAAUACCAGUGCAGGAAACAGAACAAACGGAGCUGAAUUCAAACACAAACAGCAAGGGAGCAGGGAGGGAGGUAUGGCGAGAGAGGGAGAGAGAGAGAGAGCGAGCGAGAGAGAGAGAAGGGGCGAGUGAGCGAGAGAGAGAGAGAGAAAGAGGAGACGAGGGGGGAGCAGCAAGAGAGCGAGAGUGAGAGGAAAAGAGGGAGAUUUUUUUAGCAGCUGCAAACCAUUUCAGCUGUGUAGUGGCCUGAGAACAGAGACUGGGAGUGAAAGAAAGAGAGAGCAAAGCUUGGGAGCCCACACGUCUCAGAGAGAAAAAGAAAGAAAGGAAGAGAGGAAAAGGAGGGAAGAGGAACUGGGAUUGCGUGGCACUUUGUUUCAUUCUCAGUACGGAGUCCGGAGCAGGAGAGCGAGUACGUCAAAGAAAAGAGCGAGAGGGAAGGGAGCGUGUCCUGGGAUUGUCUGCUGGUAAAGACGGCGAAGACGCUGCCUGCAAAGCAAAGCUUGGACUGGAGCUGGGAGGGCUGUCUGGGUCUUUGCCCUCUGGAUACAGUCCCACGACUCACUGCUCUGCCCGGCUCGCCUGCCUGCUCGCCUGGUUGGUCCAAGAUCCAGCCCCCAAGCCCCCCUUUUCUAUCUACCCCCAGAUGCCCUCUUUCACUCCAGCCUCACCCCCUCCAAGAUCCUGUCUGCUUUCAAUCUACUGUAUCACCUCUCCCCUGGAGCUGUGGAUGAUCUGAGGAUGAGAGAGAAAGCAAGAUAAAAGAAAAGAAGUGAAACACUGACAGGGAUUUCUUCAUGCAAACGGGGGACUGCUCUCCUCUUUGUUCUGGAUUUAACAUUUUCUUCAAAUUGUAGACUGUUGUAUGGAUGAUAGGGUGGAUUUUUUUCACUAAUGAUGAGUGUUAUGAUGGUGAUGAGAUGUCUUAACCAGAAUAUGGGUCCGUCCUUCAGGCACAAAGCCCUGAAGCUUUGUAAUUGAAGCAGAAGAAAAAGAAAAGCUGUGGACUGCUUGAACACUCACCGAACCACAAAGUGGCAGUGACUUGGUAAAGGGAUUUCUAUUUUCAUAUUUUUCUUGAGUUGGGUUUUUGUUUUGACUCAAUAAGCUUUAAAGGAUAGACAUUUUCUGUAUUUUUGUCUUUCACUUACUGGAUUGUUGUAUUCUCAUUUAUUUUUCCUGCAAGAAACAUUUUUUCAACAAAAGAAGAUAAAAGUGAAACGAGUCCAUGGAGUAUUGUCCUAGUCAUUGCACCCCACGCAGCCUAUCUUUUAUAUAACAGAGAGUGGGUUUUCUCACCUUAAAAGGAGACUUUUACACUUCCCUGCCUGCCUCUCACCGAGACUGUUGAAGUUGUCCAAGCCCUCUGUGGCUUUUCCUGUUGUGCCACAGAGUGGAGAGGAGACCGGAGAGGAAGGAGGCAGGAGCUUUGUGAGACUAAAAAGGGGUCAAGGAAUGAGUUGCUGUGCAUGAAUAUGGAGGAGAGAGCUGUACUCUCUGUUUCUGACAGCAAACAAACAAAGGCGUGUUAUCUGCAUGGUCCUCAGCUCACCUUGGACUUUGUACUUCUCAGAGAGGGAGACGAUGACUGUUUCUUUCCCUCUCUCCCUCUGUUCAUCCCUCCACCUCUCCCUCAUUCCUAACAGUCUUUCAAAUAAACAGGGCUGGUGAUUAAUAUGGUGCCGAGGGGGAGGGCUGUCUCUCUCACUUUCUCGCUGAUGCCACACAGCAUCUCAGAAAGACCAAGGAAAUGCACUGCUGUUGAAGUGACAUAGGGAAGAACGCAGCUUACCAGUGGAAUGAUACCGUGGAUGAUAAAAUUGUGAAUAUUUUUUUAGAAUGUGAAACCCGAAGGAUUUGUUUAAUGCAGCCAAAUGGACUGUGUGAUUUGGGGUUUGUUGGACUGCGGGCAUUUAAAGUUAAAGGAAUUCAUUCAAGAUCCCUUUUUCGUGUGCUGAUUUUUAUUUAAUUUGUCACACCUGCACCUUGAACAAUCGGGUUUCUGUGGAAGCCCAACAGAAGUGAAAAGGACAGAAUGGGGAAGCCCCUGAGCCGUCCGGACUGCCUGAGGCAGAACCCUCGCUGCCUUGGAAAAGGUGAUGAGGAUGAGACGUACAUAGAGGAUUGCUACGUCCCCCAGCGAUCCAUAUAUGAUACCAUGCGCAUCAAUGAACAAAUUGACCAAGGGACCAAGCUGUGUCAGCCUUCCAGGAGCACUCUAGGUUCUGGUGGGGAAGCAAGAGGAGAGAUGAGUACGCUAUCCAGCAAUGGCACCAUUGGAGCCGAUUUAGGUGGUGUUUUUCUCUCCAGGAAUGCAGAUAAUUCUGGUGGUGUGAAGAAACUAGAUGAAAGAGUGAUCUUUGAUGCCUUAAAGCUAACUGGUGAUCCCCAGAUAAUAUCACCCCCAGUGGGCAUUGUAAGUUCAGUUUUACCUAUUGCCCCAUCCUCAUCUGGUUCUGGUGGGGUAGCUGCAGUGGCCAAGAGGCGACACCAAGGGGGUGAUAAGAGGGACAAUCCAAACCGUCGCUCUUGGAAAGCCUUCAUGCCCCCAAGUUAUCCAGAGUUUGCCGAGAGACUUGAGUUUUCUUCUGUUGAAGGAGCAGAAAAACGUCUCUCUGGGGCAGGGAUUCCUCUUUCUCCUGCACAGCCUGUUCCUUCUCCCCUCCCCCCCAUCCACCCCUACCUCAUCGACUCCUUCCUUACUUCCUUAUACCCCCUCCCCUGUAUCCUCUGCUCCCCGCACUCCCCCUGUCUCCUCCUCACCUUCUUUGACACCCACAGUUAGCCCUGUGCCUCCUCCCCAGCAGCAUCCUCUCGGCAGGCAAAAGCAGGUUCAUCCUGCACUGCACAAGCAACACAAACCAUCUCCUAUGGUGCUUUCGCCUUCUAAAGAACCUGCAUUUGGCCAGACUGGAGCACCCCAGGUUUCUGGA